CACUCCAGAGUUAGCACACGGAGAACAAACCCCGCUCAGCGUGAGCUGCCUGUUCCUGUGGCCACUGCUGCCGGCAGAGGAUGUCUUCGGAGCCAGCAUCGGACGCCGAUGCCGGCAGGAGAGGCCUCAAGAAGCCGUGUUCGUUCAGCAUCGAGGACAUCCUCUCCAGCCCAGCAGAGAAGACCCCCCAGGUCCUGGUCCCGCUGUGCCUGCGGGGCAUCUUGGACUGCGCACCCAAGGGGCUGUGUGAGCUGGAGGCCAUCCCGGCCAGCUCCCUGCAGGAGGAAGAGGAGGAGGAGGAGGAGGAGGAAGGGGAGCUGGAAGGGGCAGGCUGCAACUGCUGCUGCUGUUCUCACACGAGCACCCGUUCCCGGCAGGACUUGCCGAGUUGGCUGGACGCCCGGUUCCCCUGGCCCAUGCAGCUCUUCCACUCGGCGGUCAGGGUCUGCAAGAGUCCCCAGGGGAGCCUGAGCAAGCUGCAGACUUUCCACCAGAUCCAGCGCCGGACGCGCCGGCAUCGCACCAUAUUCACCGAGGAUCAGCUGCAGGCCCUGGAGACGCUUUUCCAUCAGAACCAGUACCCGGAUGUCAUCACCCGUGAGCACCUGGCAAACCGCAUUCACUUGAAGGAGGAGAGGGUAGAGGUUUGGUUUAAAAACCGUCGGGCCAAGUGGCGGCAUCAGAAGAGGGCGUCUGCUUCAGCGCUGAUCCUUCAAGGCACCAAGAAGCCCUCUGAAGAGAGCUGUUAGUGGUCGCAGGCUGCAUCUCAGCAGAGGAAUGCCAAGAGCACCCAUUUCCCGUAGCUGGCAGGUUCCGUAGGGCGGUAGCCCGAGGGGUACUAAUGAAGCAAAAGGGAAUCUCUGUGAUUCCCAGAGGAGGAGGACAGGUAAAAGCAGACAUGGUACUUUCACAUCCCAGUUUCUCUUCCAAACCUAGUUCACGUGGCAAAUAACUCACCAGGCAUGACCCUCAGAUGCUUAAGCAGAAACCA